CGCCUAAGUAUGGACCAAUUUCGAGGAUGUCUAACCAGUCCAUUGGCAGAAACUCACAAGGCGCUAAUAAUGGUAAUGGUCAGUUCAUAACUGAAGGAAAGAGAAUGAAUUCUCCUUGGAUGUUUUCUCAGAACCAGGUGUAUCAGCCUUCCAGUGUCGUGGGAACCAUAAAUGAAGCAUAUGUCCUCAGUCAAGAUCCGAAUAAACAAAUGUUAAAUGAGAACCAGCAAGCAUUGUUGGCUGAAUCGCAACGUAUGAAGCAACAACUACAUCAUCUAGAACGAAAAAUAAAAGUUCUAGAAUCUGCCAAUAAUCAUAAUCAACCAUCUUCUGUUCUCAAUAAUGAGAGUGAGCGUCUCGCAAAAGAAUUAAGAUUGGUUGAACAAGGCAUUUGUCACAUGGAAAGAGAAAAGGAAGCUGCAGCCAUUAUGAACAAGAUGGCAAAUAAUGGAAAUUCAUUGUCCCAAGGUCAACAAGCAUUUUGGGAUCAUAAUAUUACAAAUAGGGAAGAUGAAGACUAUGAAGCUGAUAUAGCACAUGACAUGCGGGAGCUGGAACUUAGAUGGGAGAAUGAGUUAGAAGAACAAGAAAAACGUUGGAACAAUACACAAGAAAAGUAAUAAAGCAGGUAAUUAGAGGUUAUGAUUAAGUUCGUUUAUCAAUUUUUACACAAAUUCCCA